CCAGUUAUACCCCUAGCGUUUCUAUGUUAAAUUCGAUUCUCCUCAUUUCCCAGCUCUUACACUCUCAACAGUCAUCACCUAACAAACGGCCAUGGUCUCAUACUCUCACACAAAUUGUGCAAUACUUUUCUGCUUUUUAAUUGUCUCAUUUCACUCUGCAAAUUGUCAGUCGUUCAUCGGAGUGAAUUACGGGCAGGUGGCGGACAACCUGCCGCCGCCGGAUGCGACUGCGAAGCUCCUGAAGUCGACGAGCAUCGAGAAGGUCCGGCUGUACGGCGCCGACCCGGCGAUCAUCAAGGCGCUCGCCAACACCGGCAUCGGGAUAGUCAUCGGCGCCUCCAACGGCGACAUUCCGGCCCUCGCCUCCGACCCCAAUUUCGCCGGAAAUUGGGUCAAUUCCAAUGUCCUGGCCUUCUACCCGGCCAGCAAGAUCAUCGUCGUCACCGUCGGAAACGAGGUCAUCACGCUGCCCGAUCAGAAUCUAGCCUCGCAGCUGGUCCCGGCGAUGCAAAAUGUCCAAAAUGCCCUCAAUGCAGCAUCAUUGGGUGGGAAGAUCAAGGUGUCGACGGUCCAUUCAAUGGCGGUGCUCAGCCAGUCGGAGCCCCCAUCCGCAGGGGCUUUCGGAUACGGUGACACAAUGAAAGGGUUGCUACAAUUCCUCAGCACAAAUGGCGCGCCUUUGAUGAUCAAUCCCUACCCCUUCUUUGCAUACCGGGAUGAUCCCCGGCCUGAGACCAAGGCUUUCUGUUUGUUCCAACCCAAUGCUGGCCGUCUCGACUCCAACACGGGCAUCAAGUACAUGAAUAUGUGGGAUGCUCAGGUUGAUGCGAUCCACUCGGCCCUCAAGGCGUCUGGGUUCAAAGACGUCGAAAUUGUAGUAGCUGAGACUGGUUGGCCUUAUAAAGGAGAUUCCAAUGAAGUUGGUACAAAUUUGGAAAAUGCAAAAGCCUAUAAUGGGAACUUAAUAAAUCGCCUCAGGUCCAAGGUCGGGACACCCCUCAUGCCGGGGAAAUCCGUUGAUACCUACAUAUUUGCGCUCUACGACGAGGAUUUGAAACCUGGCCCUGCCUCGGAGCGCUCGUUCGGACUCUUUAAGCCCGACCUUUCAGCGACCUAUGAUGUUAACCUCGCAAAGAACACACAGACUCCGGGGUCAACUCCGACCAGUCCCACGAACCCAGCUCCCACAGUUAAUCCAGUACCAAGCCCAGUCGUAGCUGGUUGGUGCUUGCCUAGACCUGGCGUUUCUGAUGCUCAACUGCAAGCAAAUCUUGAUUAUGCUUGCGGACAGGGCAUCGACUGUGGGCCGAUUCAGCCUGGUGGUGCAUGUUUCGAACCUGCAACUGUUGCAUCGCACGCUGCCUAUGCUAUGAAUCUUUUUUAUCAAUCUUCUAGCAGGAAUUCCGGUGCCUGCGACUUCAUGCAGACGGCGGCAGUCUCGUCUACUAAUCCUAGCUAUGGUUCUUGUGUCUACCCUGUUGGGAGCACAUGAACGCAAACACAACACGAUAUUGUUUCGAAGCUAGUAGCAUGAGGGCCAGUGGUGUAGCUAUCUAUUGAGGUAAUUAAGUCUAUUAUGGUACAAUAAUAAGUGUGUAUAUGUUAUUUUCAGGGCUUGGAAUUGCAUAGUUUAUCCACAUCAACCAAAUAAUGUGUAAAUGGAUAAUGUUUUUAUUAAGUACUAGUAAAGUUUGAGUAUUGAUUUUUUUA